AUGCCUUUUCGAACCGUAGAGCAACCGGACUUCAAAGAAUUCAUUCGUGAUCUUCAACCUCGUUAUAAGCUUCCUAAUCGGAGGAAGAUUGCAAAGGAGGUGUGGAGCUUAUUUUGUGAAGAGAAAGCGAAGAUCAAAAGCAUCAUUGGUGAUCUCCGUGUGAGUAUCACAACCGACACUUGGACCUCUAUCCAAAAUAAACUACAUGGUGGAAGGUGUCUUGAAGAGAAGUUGGUCGAAUGGGGCAUAAGUAAGGUGUUUACCAUUACCAUGGACAAUGCGAGUUCCAAUGAUGUGGCCGUGGAGUAUUUAAAGAAGCAACUCCGGAAGUAUGAUAGUCUUAUGCUUGAUGAAAACUUGCAUAUGAGGUGUGCUUUCCACAUAAUUAACUUGAUUGUGAAGGAUGGAAUGAAAGAGCUAGUAGAGUCCAUUGAAGGCAUUCAAAAUUGUGUGAAGUAUAUUCACUCUUCUAGUGCGAGGUUGGACAAGUUUCGGGAGUUUGCGGUUUUAGAGAAGAAGGAUAAAAUGUCAACUAUCCCGAUGGAUGUUGUGACUCGGUGGAAUGCCACAUACACCAUGCUUAAUAGUGCUUGCAAGUUUAAAGGUGUGUUUGCAAGGUUGGUGGAAGAAUUUCGGCCAUUUGUGACAUACUUUGAAGAGGGAAGAGUGGGGCCUCCGAAUGAUGAAGAUUGGGAAAAGGCUAUGGGAUUUGCUCAUUUUCUCAAGAAAUUCUAUGAUGCCACCAUCAAGCUUAGUGCCACUAAGACUCCGACCUCACAUCUUGUUCUAAAAAUCUUGAUGAACUUAAAGGUUGAGAUUGAGUCUAAAAUUAGAGAUAGAAAAAAUAUUGUGUUGGAAAAUGCGGCUACUUCUAUGAAGAGGAAGUUUGAUAAAUAUUGGGGCUCUUUCGAAGAGAUGAACAUUUUAAUGUUUGUAGCUCAAACCCUUGAUCCGCGAUAUAAGUUUCAAUUGAUGGAGUUGCAAUUAGGGGAGAUUGGCUACACUCUUAAUGAAGUUGAUCACAUUAAGAGUCGGGUGAAAGCACACUUGUAUCUUAUGUAUGAAACUUAUAAGGGAACAAGCAUGGAAAAGUCACAUGUGGAUGUGCAUGAGGAUAACGAUGAUGAUGUUGAUCAUGGUAGUGAUGAUGAUGAUGUGGAAUUGAGGAUAGAGCGGAGACUUAAUAGACAAAGAAAGGUAGCAAAACUCAAAGAGAUAGCUAAUGAAGUUGACAAGUACUUUAAUGAUGCAUAUGAAAGUACAAGAAAUGAGGAUUUCGAUUUAUUGGGAUGGUGGAAAAGUAAAAUCUCAAGUUACUCUAUUCUUUCCAAGGUUGCUAAGGAUGUACUUGCUUUCCCUAGUUCCAUCGUAGCUAGUGAAAAUGCCUUUAGCCUUGGAGGAAGGAUUGUGGAUCCGUUUAGAGCUUCUUUGACGCCUAGGAUGGUUGAGGCGUUAGUUUGCACAAAUGAUUGGCUAAGAGGAGAAGAAUUUCAAUUUCACAAGGAGCCUACGGAAGAAGAACUUGAGUCUACAUGGAACUCGAACAAUUGGAACAAACGGAAAAAUGAAGAAGAAGCGGCGGUGUACUCCGCAGAUUCGGCAGUACGGACACCUUCAACGGCUGUUGCAGCGUCUUCCACGUGGACACGAUGCUGGACUUUGAGGAGAGAGAGAGAGAGCGAGGAGGUGAAGGUCCGACGGGUCACCAACGGCACCCGGGCCAUCCUGCAGUCCACACUGGCCCGAUUCGAUUUGAAUUCAUUAAGAUACACGUCUACUUUAUCAGUGACACUUGUUGUAGUGUUCCUUGUUAUAACUGUGGGCAUCACAGUCUUCAAGUUGAUAAACGGAACUACUCUGAUGCCUCGGUUAUUUCCAGAUGUCAACAAUCUAACCUCAUUCCUCAACCUCUUCACCAUCAUUCAUGUUCUUAUCACUGCUUAUAUCUACCACUACAAUGUUGGUCUAGCUGGGAGUGAAAGAGUGGAUAAAUCUGAAGCCGUUGGUGAGAGACUAAAGGAAGCCCAACAUAUUAAAGGGUAUGCUACGAUGUUGAUGUUUGUUCAUAUAAACCCAGAUGUUAAUACCCUAAGGGAGACAAUCAGUACCCUGAAAUUUGCCGAAAGAAUUGCCAUGAUAGAUAUUGGGGCCGUCCAAUAUAAUAAGGAGACUAAUGAGAUAAAGACUUUAAAUAAGAGGUGUUCCAAGAAACUGGAUUUCCCUGGCCUGAGGGGCUGUAAAGGAGGUGGCUCCACUGCCAAACUCGCCUAA